AUGGAGGCCGAGAGACCCCAGGAAGAAGAGGAAGAUGACCAGCAUCAGGGACCCCAUCAGGAUGAGCAUGACUGGCCCCCUAUGAACACCAGCACUCGGCCUUGGCGAUCUGCUCCUCCGUCCCCUCCUCCUUCAGGGACCCGUCACACAGCCCUGGGGCCCCGCUCCGCCUCCCUGCUCUCCCUACAGACUGAGCUCCUUCUGGAUUUGGUGGCAGAGGCCCAGUCCCGCCGCCUAGAGGAGCAGAGAGCCACCUUCCACAUCCCGCAGAAUCCCCCAAACAGAGCCCCAGCCACACACCGGCCUCUUGAGGACAGAGAACAGCUCUACAGCACUAUCCUCAGUCACCAGUGCCAGCGGAUGGAAGCCCAGCGGUCAGAGCCUCCCCUACCCCCAGGGGGACAGGAGCUCCUGGAGUUGCUGCUGAGAGUUCAGGGUGGGGGUCGAAUGGAGGAGCAAAGGUCCCGGCCCCCAACACAUACCUGCUGAGAUUUGAGCCACCCCACCAGCCACUCCGCACUCUGGGGCUCAAAGCUGGCCAGCCCUCAACUACUGUGUGGCAGGGACACCAGAGACUGGAGGACCCAGGAGAAAUCUCAAUAUUCAUCACCCUCAUCCACCUUUCCUGGGAAUGGAGGGGGUGAAAGUCCUCAAAACCUGAGCAUAGUCAAAGUAGGAUGGUCAUUUAACUCCCUCCCCUAGUGUGUGGGAGCUUGAAGCAAUGAAGGAAUCCCAGCCACUGAGGGACACCCUACCCCCUCCUCUGAUCACAAGGAGUGGUUCUAAGUCCUGAGUUGUGGAGACAUCCCCAGGGGGCAGAAUCUGAGGGCUCAGGCCUCCCUAUCUCCCAAGAAAAGGCAAAUCUCCCAAGGUUAGGGCCUGACAGACAGUCCCACCCUCCUUCUCAGUAAGAAGACAGAGAGGGCACUGUAAAGAGACCAUUCUCCCACCCACCACCAGCACCCCCAGCCCCAGGAUGCGGGGUCUACAGGCUGUGAAUGGACACUUAGUACUCCGCCCCCUGCCUCCCCACGGCUGCUCAGAGUCUGAUGUUUUGGUUGUAUGAAUAAAUGUAAUUCUCCCAA